AUGACAGUUAAAAUUGGAAUUAAUGGUUUCGGACGUAUUGGGCGUCUUGUGCUUCGUACUUCUCUUAACAAUCCUGAAGUUCAAGUUGCUUAUCUUUUUAAAUAUGAUUCUACUCAUGGAAAAUAUAAAGGGCAAGUAGAAGUCAAAGAUGGAAAAUUUAUUGUUGAUGGUAGAGAAAUUUCAGUGUUUGCCGAAAAAGAUCCAGCUCAAAUUCCAUGGGGAUCAAUCCAAGCUGAUUACGUUGUUGAAUCGACUGGUAUAUUCACCACCAUUGACAAAGCUUCUGCUCAUUUGAAAGAUGCACCAAUGUUUGUUUGCGGUGUAAACUUGGAUGCUUAUAAACCUGAAUAUCAAGUCAUUUCCAAUGCAUCAUGCACAACCAAUUGUUUGGCACCAUUAGCAAAAGUUAUUCAUGACAAUUUCGGUAUUGAAGAAGGAUUAAUGACGACAGUUCACGCAACCACCGCAACUCAAAAAACUGUUGAUGCACCUUCCGGAAAAGAUUGGAGAGGUGGAAGAGGCGCAUCUCAAAAUAUCAUUCCAAGUUCAACAGGAGCAGCCAAGGCAGUCGGAAAAGUAAUUCCAUCAUUAAAUGGAAAGCUCACUGGAAUGGCCUUUAGAGUUCCAACAGCAGACGUUUCGGUAGUUGAUUUAACCGUUAGGUUGAAAAAAGAAACCAACUAUGAAGAAAUCAAGCAGAAAAUUAAACAGGCAUCUGAAAACGAAUUAAAAGGAAUUCUUGAAUACACUGAAGAUGAUGUCGUUUCUACUGAUUUCAUUGGCGAUACAAAUUCUAGUAUUUUUGAUGCUAAAGCUGGAAUUCAAUUAAGCCCAACUUUUGUUAAACUUGUUUCUUGGUAUGAUAAUGAAUACGGUUACUCAACUCGUGUUGUUGAUCUAAUUUCACAUAUUGCCAAAGUUGAUUCAUCUGCUUAA